GAAUGCAUCGCCAUAUUACCAACUAAUGGAUUACAGUGAAAGUGAUAGCAGUAAGCGCAACUAAUACAAAUCUGUGCUGAGAUACCAUUCCUUUAAUUCUUACUGAGUAAGUUUUCGUAAGAAUGAUAUUUUAAGGAUGUAAUUCUUUUCUUGAAAACUAAUAAAAGAGUCAUAUAAAUGGUGUGUGAUAAUGUGAUAGAGAAAAAAGCUUGUCAGUGUGUUUGGAGUUUUGAAGCUGUUCGAAAGUGUUAAGGAGUGAGCCGUAAUACGUAAAUCGAUUAACCUAAAAUACCUAGUAGUGUAGCAUCGUCCCAGCUUUCAUGUGAUGGCAGAAAGAAAUGCCGACAUCUAAUCAGCAUACACAAUUGGCCCCCAUUCAGAAUGGCAUCGGCAACCCAAAGUAACCUUCCCGACACAACAACUAAAUGCAAACGAUCCGUAAUAGCCAGUGGUGCACACCGAAAAUGCACAUAGAAAAUGUUCUACGAGCGUCAUGUAUCAUUUGGGUUUCUGUCAGCUCGAACAUUAUAAUGACCGCCACGACCGAGGAGUCUGAUGCCUUGCAACCGUACUUUGACUUUGACGUGCCGCGCAAUCUCACCGUCACCGUGGGCCAGACCGGUUUCCUGCACUGCCGGGUCGAGCGUCUAGGCGAUCAGGAUGUUGCUUGGAUACGACAGCGUGAUCUGCAUAUACUUACGAUGGGAUCAUCCACCUACACCUCGGACCAACGAUUUCAGGUGAUCCGACCGGAAGGUUCCGUCAACUGGACGCUGCAAAUAAAAUAUCCCCAGACACGUGACUCGGGCGUGUACGAGUGCCAAAUCAACACCGAGCCGAAAAUGUCCCUGUCAUAUGUGUUGAAUGUAAUUGAGCUUCGCGCCCGGAUACUGGGACCGUCGGAUAUAUUCGUCAAGUCUGGCAGCGAAAUAACGAUGGUUUGCGUCAUCCAGCAGGGACCACACGAGCUGGGCACGGUGUUCUGGUACAAGGGCAACACGCUGGUGGAACCGGUCGCACAGGAAAACGACAUCCAUUCGGUUGAUCGUGGACGGAUCACCAUCGAAACAGAUUGGACAGAUGCCCUGACAUCUAGAUUAAAGAUAAAACGGGCCGUGCAGGGCGAUACCGGAAACUACACCUGCGUACCGACAAUGGCCCGCUCGGCAAGCGUCUAUGCUCAUGUAAUUAGUGGCGAACAUCCAGCGGCAAUGCAGCACAAUGGAGCCCCAACCGUUAGCCGGUCACCGGCGAGGCGCAGCAUGUGCAUCCUAUUAUUGUUGCACCUGGCCACUCUGCUGUACCUACUGCUGGGCGACCACUGUACCCAACGGGCACACGGUGGGCAGAACAUCAACCAGCGGCGACCGGCAACCCACCGUUGGGCCCGCGGCAAAUGCUCACCUGCAGCCACAUCCCGGGCUGGUGCGAUCGUUCGGCCAACCCAUCCCAGCUAGCAGAAAGUUUCGCAAUUUGGCAUAUACCGGGCACCCGAAUGGAAUCUCGCACGUAUAUGAUGAUGCACCACUGUCCGGGCCGCGCACUGGCCGGUGAACGUCGCUCCUGGUUGAGAGGGCCCCGCAGUUUGGGGGAAAUUUAUUGUUUCAUUUGCUGCAAAACGGCUUUCCCCACUUCCUGAGCAACUUCCCUGCCUACUACGCUGCCUGCACCGGGUGGCCUGGCAUGUGCAGCGCGUAUAGCAGCGAACGGUAGGGAAAAAAAGAAAGGAAACUGAACAAAACUUGAACAGACAAAUCGAAAAUAUCUUCAUUCAUAGUGAGAAUUCUGAUUCAUCAUACAUUCCCAUGCUGGGGUAUUGCUGGAAACCAUCGCCAACAUACACAUUCGCAUUUAUAUACACAACACAUGCACACCGACACUCACAGCGAAUGAUUCGGUAAUACGAACGAGAACAAAUCAACCGAGAAUAGUCAACGACAAGCCUGGAUUAAAUUUUCCUCUCCCACUGUUACCAGGACGGUCGAAUAUAAUACUCUGCAGCGUAGGGUAACGCCAAAACGGAGAAUUCGCACACGUAUGGAACCGAUUGUGGCUGAAGCAUACCGUUGGCCGCAGGGAACUGCAUUUUCUCUAUCCUGCAUCCAACGUUCUAGGGUUCCAAUCGAUCGUCGUUCGAAUUGAAUGAUUCGAUUGCAAGACGGACAGAUUCCUUCGUUCGAAAGCACCGGUGUGUGCGAUGUCUUUGAUGAAAGAAGCACACAAAACGUGCCCUAGGUAGACAAAAAGAGGACAAUUUCAUUUCAAAACUAUGUAUACAACAAAACCAAAACCAGAAAAAAAAGAAUAUGGAAAGGAAACAAUUUAGAUGGA